CAUCCCAUCAGCCGGAAGUACCUCCAUACCCAACCGGAACUGCCCUUACAGGUAACCGGAAGUAGCCUCACGCCAAGCCGGAAGUGACGCAAAGCGCAGGCGCAGUACGGUGCCGGUUCCUGUGAGGUGAAGGGAAAUAAGGGGCCGUUGUUUGAGGCCCGGUUCGGUUCGGGGAUGCUCCGGCACCGAACCGCCGCUACGGCCCGAUUGAGAUCGGCCUGGACCGGGAUGGGGGCGGCCUGGAACGAAACGGGGCCGGAAACGAGACGGUACCGGAGCAGGCCGCAGCUCCCCAAUUUCCUGCUGAAGAUCCCCGAUUACGGGCUGUAUUCCCACGACGUGGAGUUCAUCAACCACCACCUGCGGCUGCACACGAGGGGCCGUGUCCUUUACCAGCUGGCGGUGUCGCUGUGCCGUGCCGUGGUGUUCGGUUACUUUGCCGGUGUCCGGAUGGAGGUGCUGGCGCUGACGCGGCACCCGGAGCUGGGCUGUAUCCGUGCUCGAUGGCGCCUGGUCGGGGUCCCCUUCCACCUGUGUCUGCUGCGCUUCUACCGCCGCGACAAGCGCGACCUGCUACGGUCAGUGCGGUAACGGGGUCACCAGUCACAUCUAUGGGGCAUCAAUGGCAUCUAUGGGUCAGCAAUGGCA